AUGCUUCGCGCAACAGCCGUCAGGAUGUCGCACAGCUUCAACCAGAUCCCCGCCGUCCUCCCGAAGCUCCCCUUCGCGUACAAUGCCCUCGAGCCCGCCAUUAGUGCCACCAUAAUGGAGCUCCACCACUCGAAGCACCACGCCACCUACGUCGCCAACUUCAACAAGGCCCACGAGGACAUCCAGGCUGCUUCGCAGGCCCAGGACAUCAAGAAGCAGAUCGCUCUCCAGGCCGCCAUCAAGUUCAACGGCGGUGGCCACAUCAACCACACCCUCUUCUGGGAGAACCUCGCCCCUCAGUCGCAGGGCGGCGGCCAGUUCCCCUCGUCGGGCAAGCUCCACGACCAGGUCCAGCAGGACUUUGGCGGCCUCGACGGCUUGAAGAAGGCCGUCAACGCCGCUGCCCUCGGUAUCCAGGGAUCCGGAUGGGCUUGGCUCGGAUACAACCCGACGACCAAGAAGCUCGAGGCUGUCUCGACGGCCAACCAGGACCCGCUCCUCGGCUACGUUCCCCUCGUCGGCAUCGACAUGUGGGAGCACGCCUACUACAUCGACUACGCGAGUCCUCCCCCUCCUCGUCCUUCUCGUUUUCCUCCUCGCUGA